UUUCAAGGCCUUGAAUAAAUCCAGCGUUGUAGACUUUGCACCUUUUCAACGCCACAUGGCGUCACAAUUGUCUGUAUCAGGACAAACGCGGGCGCCUGCCUCAGCUGCUGACUUUAUUUUAGCUUCAUCAAAUAUACCUCAAGACUCGCUCAUUUCCUGGUAACAAUCGCUUAUUGCACGAGAUGCUAGACCGGUAUUGUGCAUUUGGUCCCAUCGGAAAUGCAUAACUGCGUGAAGCACUGUGACUGUGUGAUGUGCUUAAUUACGUGAUUGAUUUAAUUGAUAAUAAUACACUAUUUUCAAAAACACUAAAAGAACGUCUAGCAUUAACUUUGUCACCUCAAAGACUCUUUGGCCUGCCUUUUUGGCAGCUUUUCUGUUUCCUCAUCAUGCCACUGUUUCAACUAGCAGUGUGUGCCAUAUGGCGGGAGCACGAAGGGUCACUGAAGAAGUCAACGUCACCUCUGACACUGUCUUCCAAACCCGCGGGCUAUUUGCAUCUGCAAUAUGACCUGCUUCCUUCUGCCUUCUACAAGACAUGCUCCGUCUCCCUGAUUAACUGGGGCAGAGUUGCCAAGCUGGUGACCGGUGACGGCUCCAGCUCGGCUCUGGCCCCCAUCGUGCACGGUCACAACGUGUCGGCCAUGGUGGCGCUGCUGGAGCACCCGAUCGCCGUCAACCAGGACGGCAUGCUCGACCUGCUGCACCACAAGGUCAACGUCACCGUCACCGAGGCCAAGGAGGCCGUGCCCAGCGCGAUGCGCACCAAGCGGCCCGGUCACGUGGAGAUGGUGGGCGCCGAGUGUGGCGGCGCCGCGCCCUCGGCCGACCAGGUGACGCUGACGACACCGAUCGCCGAGCGCGCCGCCGAGGAGGAGCCGGCCGGAGAGGAGGCGCGCCCGCUGCCGCUCGAGCCCAGGGAGAAGGGCCGCGGCAGCUCGGACGUCUCUGUGAGCAGCACAGUGGGCAGCGACGAGCCGCCGACCGGUCUGGCUCUGCCCAUCGCCGCCGGCUUCGGCGCCGUCGGCGACGAGCUCUGUCAGCGGCACUUCACUCCGCUGGUGGCGGAGGCCGAGCGGCUGGUCACACCCGUCCCCGAACAGCAGAUAUCCAGCCCAAAAACUAAGGGGGACAAACGGGAAAGCAACAAGGGAAAAUCGCAAAGCAAGAAGAAGGCGAAGUCUGGCGACAAGCGGCAGCAGGGUGAUAAGAAGGCCGCCGACUCGGCACGCGGCAAGAAGGACAAAAACGAGCUGGUACUCACGUUCAACAUGGACUUCUUCUUCAGUGGCACGCUGCAGCUGACCGCCAGCAGCGCCCUCUGUGUCGACUCUCCGGGCCUGGUGCAGGUGGCGCUGGUGCUGCGCGCGCCCGCCUUCCUGGCCGCCCGCCAGCGGCUGGCGCUCAACCCCCUGGUGGUGCACCUUCGCGGCCUGGAGGGCCUGCCCGCGCUGCCCACCGGCUUCGCCAUGGCGGCCGGCGAGCGUCAGGAGUCCGAGACGCCGCCGCCGCCGGCCGAGGAGGCAGACGGCGGCGAGGAGGCGUCCACGGCCGGCGCCGAGGCCGCCCGCCGGCCGCCCGUCUUCUUUGCGGCCGUGCACAUGCCGGACGGCGAGGUGUACUGCUCGCCCGACCAGGACUACGCCCACCAGGUGACGCUGAACGAGCUGUCAGUGGUGUUUUGCGGCCUGCUGGAGCGCGAGGCGCUCUGGGAGCGUCUGCAGACCGUGCCGCUGCGCAUCGAGCUGCUCUGGCGCCACACCACACCGCUGGUCAGCAACAAACGCUUCAACCAGAUGGAGAUCGACCGCUACAUCCACCAGCCGAACCUGGUCAACAUCAUCAAACAGUCGGGCAACCCGUUCGCCCUGCCCAACCCGCUGCCCACCAAAUUUGCAGAGGUACUGGUGGACGUCUCUGCCCUGACGCGCGGCGUGCGUCUGCUCAGUGUCGAGGUGCCGCUGACGGCGGUGCCCGCCGGACCGGCUGCCUCUCCGGCGGCUGACAUUGAGCGCGGCACGUGUCCGCCGCCGUUCGGGCCGCUGCAGCUGCUGCAGUCGGCGGCGCAGCUGUCCGUGUCCGUGUCGCUGGCCGUGCCGCUGGACCUGCUGCCGCGGCCGGCGCCGGCGCGCUGCGCCUACGGCCGCCUGCUGGCCGUGGUCUCGCAGCGCGGCCUGCAGCGCAGCGGCGUGCUGCAGCUCAUCCAGCAGCUCAACGAGCCGCCCAGCCCGGCGGCGGCCGAGGGCGUCGCGCCGCGCCGGCCCGGCGACGUCAGCACGCCGGGCAUCAGCGGCUUCUGCCUGGCCGACCGGCAGCUGCACCUGCUGUUCGCCGAGGGGCGCGCCGACGCCGAGCUGGAGCAGGUGGCGGCCGCGCUGCGCGCUCUGCCGCGCCGCGACGCCCGCCUCUGCCACCACUCGGGCCUGCUGUUUGGGGAGCGCCUGUACGCGCGCCGGCCGGCCGCGUUCCGCGUGCUCGAGGGCCGUCCGCUGCGCGCCCGGCUGCUCGAGACGCGCCUCUACACGUCACAUAAGCAGGAGGAGCCGGCGCGCGCCGUCCGCGCCAUCGGAGAGUGCUUCCGCACCCAGUGGCUAUCGGACACGCUGAAGAUGAACCUGCUCCCCAGUGAGACCGGCCUGCUCAGCCUGCAACAGCUGCUGGCCGGCUAAUCAGGCCAAGAACACCGCCCUCAAACCGAUGCCAUUGUCAAAUCAACGCAUGUUGAUGCUUUCGCUAGGAUAGGCUUACGUAAGGCUAUAAAAGUUGCAAAAAAAAAGGGACUGCUGUGUGAUCCGUUCGGCAUGCAUCAGUAUCGUGAGAUCUCUGUUUCACAGACGGACAACUUGCCAGUACCAAUAUCGGUAGUAUGUAGAUAACUCCUCUGCCCCACCGACACUGUCAAAGAAAUACCGCAGCAAGCUAUAAAAUCCAACAGGAUUCAUAAAUGUUUUAUUGCACUAUAUUUUCUCGCAUAUAUGAAAGCUCUCAAAAUGUACAAUAUUCCUUUCAGCGGUAAGCGGAUAUAAAAGCUCUACAAAA